AACCAUUGGGUUACAACUCAAUGAUCUCUAUACUCAAACAAUGUCAAUCAAUACGAUAUAGUCAGGUAAGUCCCGUGCUAUCAUUGGCAAAGAGAUUUGCUUCUAAAAGACCCGCACAUAAGAAAUAUAGUCGACCUAAAGCUGUGCUGAAGUCAGCUGUCGACAAAAAUGAUGAUGCGCAAAAAAAGGCGGAAAGUAUAUUUUCAUUUGGUAAGUUUUCACAAUUACAUACACCUUCUUUGAAAGAACGUGAGUCGGCUUCUCAAGCAAUUGCUAAGAUUCAUGAGUUUGACCAAUUGAGAAUCUUUCCUUCUGUACGUAAAGCUAUGCUUGAAGAAAUCAAGUCACAAUACAACAUGAAGGGCAAGACUGAAUCUGACUUACACCUUGAACCUACACCAGUUCAAAUUAGUGCUAUCAGAAAAGUUAACCAAUCUAGAGACAUCAAGCUUCCUGAAAAUUUUGAAGAAUUAUCAGAAGGUGAAAGGAUUGCUUUAACUAUACUGCAGGAAAAUCAAGCUAACAGGUUGAAGGUUUUCACGAUUGCUGCUGAAACUGGUUCCGGUAAAACUUGGGCUUAUUUGGCUUCUGUGUUAUCUAAAUUAAAGGAAGAUGACAUGAAUGUUUGGCAAGAAAGUCCAGCUAAGUAUCAACAAAGUAAAGAUCAUGCUAUUAUUAGAUCGGUUAUUUUGGUUCCUACUCAUCAGUUGGUUGAACAAGUUUAUGAUACAUUGGCGAGAGCCACUACUAUCAAGCUUGAUCACAGUAAGAAUGUUCAUCCUCAAUUCAAACCAUUCUUGGAAUUGGAUGAAAACAAAACUUUGGGACUUUCAGUCAUGAAAUGGUCGCAAGGUGAUCCUCCAACCACUUUAUUUGAUAGAUGUGAGCAAGGUCGCUUGGAUGUAUUGGUUACCACACCAGCUAAGAUUUCUUCAUUAAGCAAUUUAAGAAACUUUACUAGACCAUUGAAGUAUUUCAACCUGGUUAGAUACUGUGUUAUUGAUGAAGCUGAUACAUUAUUUGAUCAAUCUUUUAUUGCUGAUACUUCGUUUGUUCUCAAACAUAUGCCUCGAUUAGUUGAUUUGAUUUUGGUAUCUGCAACCAUUCCUAAAGAGUUCCAAAAGAUUCUUAAAGCAAAAUUCCCAGAUCAAAAAUCAUUAAUCAAUGUUCAAACUCCGCAAUUACAUAAGAUUCCAAGACGAAUCAAGGUCUUUACUUUAGAUGCUGAAUUACCUCCUUAUAAUGGUUCUAAAACUAGAUGUCUUGCACAAGCACUUUAUGCGAUUGCAAAAGAUGGUACUGAUCCAGGUUAUGUUAAAAGAAUUGUUAUAUUUGUCAAUAAAAGAGAUGAAGUUAAACCGUUGGUUAAAUCAAUGACUGAAAAGUUCCAUCAUAAACCACAUGAUUUCUAUGGGAUCACUCAAGAUUUAUCCAAGGAAGAACGUGACAAGUUGUUGAAACCUUUCUUACAACCAGCGGGAUUAAUUGAAGAUGAUGAACAUAAAAGUAAAUACAAAGUGUUGGUUUGUACUGAUGCUUUAGCUCGUGGUGUCAACUUCAUUGGUGUUAAAAAUGUGGUUAUGAUUGAUUUACCUCAUAAUUCGGUUGAUUUGGUUCAUCGAAUUGGUAGAACUGGUAGAAUGAAACAAAAUGGAAGAGUAUUUGUUAUUGUUGAUAGAAAAACAAGAAAGAGUUGGAUUAAAGGGUUAGGAAAUGCUAUUACUAAAGGAGCUACAAUUGGAUAGAUAUUUAUUAAGGGUUACCUGUACAUAGAAUUAAUUUCAUAAUUUGAGAUUAAUAUUGUUGUAAGACCAACACCUGGGAAUUCGCUUUAUCUACUUACCGAUUUUCACUAUGGUAUGAUUAGACUAUACGCCCCAGGAAAAUUGAUAUCUCCAAAUGAUUAUAAGUCACUGUUCACAUUUUAGUCCAUAAUGUGUUUAGUGGUCACGUUUGGAUACAUCUGUAGAUAAAACAUAAACAAAGAUUUAUCCAUUUGGAAAAGAACAACCACCAACGUGAUUUCUUUUUCAGGGUCCAAUUUGAUAGGAUUGGUAGAACUAAUCCUGGCCACCUAUUUAAUUAAGACAGAUAUCUAUGGACUGGGUUCUAGUUUAUAGAUUUUGUCUAAAUUGCGUAUCGUUCCAAGGAUCUGUUUCCGCUAAUCUUGACUUAGUAUUGGUCCGUUUUAUUUAACAGGAAACUGUGGGGUUUGGAUUUUGUGUAUGAAUUAUAAUUUAUUCCUCGGGAUAAGAAAAACAAAUAAAAUAAUGGAUAAUG